AUGCAGGGUCCCGGCCCGUCGCCGUCCGUCUCUGCUGCGGCCUCGCCGCCUUCUGCUGCGGCCACGCCGCCCUCUGCUGUGGCCUCGCCGCCUUCUACUGCGGCCUCUGCCGCGCUUUGCUGCGGCCUUGCCGCCCUCCCCUGCGGCUCUGCCACCGUCACCUGCGGCCUCGCCGCCUUCUACUGCGGCCUCGUCGCCCUAUGCUGCGGCCUCGCCGCCUCUCACCUGCUGCAGCGCCGCCCGCCACCACAACUGCCCGACCCACCCCACCUAGCCGAGCAGCCGACCGCCGCGCCGCCCUGCAGCAGCACUGCCGAGCCGCCCGGGCACCGGAGCAGCCGGACAGCCGAGACGCCGAGCCGCCCAGCAGCCGAGCCGCCCAGCAGCCGAGCCGCCCAGCAGCUGAGCCGCCCAACAGCCGAGCCGCCCAGCAGCCGAGCCGCCCAGCAGCUGAGCCGCCCAGCUGCCGAGCCACCCUGCAGCCGAGCCGCCGAGCCGCCCAGCAACCGAGCCGCCCAGCAGCCGAGCCGCCCAGCAGCCGAGCCGCCCAGCAGCCGAGCCGCCCAGCAGCCGAGCCGCCGAGCCGCCGAGCUGCCCGAGCUGCCCAGUCUGGGCAGCAGCCUCUCUCUCUUUGACCUCACCUCUGGCGCUUCCCCAGCCCCUGCUGCUGAUGCUGAUGCCACUGUUCGUUCCCAAUGGGCCACGCGCGACGCUGCUGCAGGUCUUGCUGUGCGUCGCCACCUCUCUACCUCCGAGCGUGCACACUUUAGUCAGUACAAGAGUGCUCAGACCUUGUACGACGCUGUAGUUGCACGCUACUCCUCCCCUGCCACUACUGCACUGAGCCGUCUCAUCCUGCCGUACCUCUUCCCUGACCUUGCUGCCUUUCCCACAGUCGCUGACCUCAUUACGCACCUCCGCACUAGUGACACUCGCUACCGCGCUGCGCUCCCUGCUGACUUCUGCGCGAAGAACCCCCCCCCCCCAUGUACAUCACCCUCUACUUCAUAG